GAGGAGAAGGAGGUUUCGAGGUUUUCCUCAGUGCUCGCACGCGCUGGGCUUGCUGAAAGACGCACGAGGCUGCUACUGGAGUAGAUUCUAACCGGCGGGAGACGCGCGUGCCGUUACCCACCGGGCAGCUCCGGUGUGUGUCUGUGUGUGUGUGUGACAAAGAGGAGGAAGAGUAGCGGACAGAGUCACAUUGAGCCCGGAAAGUUGGAGUACAGCUGCGGAGUGAUCGGGGGCAGCUGAUGUUCUUCACCGAGGACAGAGCUCCAUCUCCGGGAGAGCCGCUCCGGAGCAUGCGCUCCUGCCCGGACUCCCACUCUUCUUCGUCUUCUUCCGCGUCCCUGCCGGGGCUGCUGUGAGCCCAGGACGGCGGGGUGGGAGGGGGGGAUCCCACCGUGUCCGGGGUUCGUGCUAGCGCCACUAUGUCGGAGGCAGUCCGCGUGAUGUGCGGAGAGAGAGAGUGAGAGACCCCGACGCUCAGAGCGAGAGAACCAUGACUUCCUGUGGGAUUACAGCAGCACGCGACAUGAUCCUAACCGGCGUCGUCUGCCUGCUGCUCGUGCUCGAUGUGUGCGUUUGUGACUCGGAGCUCGGCACCCCCGGCUGGAGGGAACCUCUAGACUGUGUCCGAGCCUCCGAGCUGUGCAACCAGAACAGCCAGUGCAGCUCGCGUUACCGGAUCAUGCGCCAGUGCCUGUCGGGCGGGGACAAGGAGCGCAGCGCCAUGCUGGCCUCCAAGGAGUGCCAGGGGGCGCUGGAGGUGCUGCAGGACUCGCCGCUCUACGACUGCCGCUGCAAGAGAGGCAUGAAGAAGGAGCUGCAGUGCCUGCAGAACUACUGGAGCAUCCACAUGGGCCUGACUGAGGGGGAGGAGUUUUACGAGACGUCUCCAUACGAGCCGAUCCACUUCUCUGAGGAAUUCAGACAUGCCUCCAUCAUCUCAGAUUCAUCUCUGACCAAGAUGAGCCCCUGCUCCGAGGCAGGGAAACCCUGUAACCCCUGUCUGGAUGCGGCGAAGGCUUGUAACCUUAACGAGACGUGUAAACGUCUCCGAUCUGCCUAUAACUCCAUCUGCAGCAAGACCACGCCCCCGCAGCCCUCUGCGGGCUAUCAGGAGCCGUGUAGCAGGAAGCGAUGUCAGAAGGCCCUGCGACAGUUUUUCGAGCGGGUGUCAUGGGAGCUGAGCUACCCCCUGCUGUUCUGCUCGUGCCCGGACCAGGCGUGUGCUGAGCGUCGCCGUCGCACCAUUGUCCCGUCCUGCUCACACCAGGAGAGGCACAAAGCCAGCUGUCUGGAGCUGCGGCGCACCUGCCGCUCGGACGCCCUGUGCAGGUCUCGGCUCGCUGAUUUCCACAUGAACUGCCAGGUGACACCACACACCGUCACCACCUGCCCUCACGAUAACUACCACGGCUGCCUCAUGUCCUAUGUCGGCCUCAUUGGCUCGGAUGUAACGCCAAACUACAGCGACAGCAGCCCAUCCAACAUCACUAUGAGCCUGUGGUGCACCUGCAGGGGCACCGGCCACCAGGAGCACGAGUGUGAAGCUUUCCACCGCGAUUUCACACACAACACCUGCCUCAAAAAUGCCAUCCAGUCGUUUGGUUACAGCUCGGAGGGAGGGACUCUUUUCGUAACCGAGCCGUCAUCCACUUUCCUGCCCCCUGCCGGGCCUCCAGUCAUCGCCAAACCUGCUCCCUCUCUGCACGGAAAUGCAAUCAAACCCCUGGACAGUGCUUGUAUGUUUUCCACUUGUGCGAACCUGCAGGAUGGAGGACAGAAGUGCAUCCCCUCUGAUGACUUCGAGUGCGAGGAGGCUCUGUUGGCCCAGGGCUCGAUAGACUCUCAGGACUCUGCAGGGCCAAGAAGCAGCAGCCGGCCAUCAGCCCCACUCCUCCACCUCCUCCCUGUGACUGUGUGUGUGUCCAUCCUGCCAGCGUUCCUGUUCCACGUCUCAUAAAUGUGAACUAGCAUACACACAUACAUGCCCACACACACAUUUACACACACACACACACA